AUGUCUUCAACCAGUUACUUCUAUUUUGGUUUUUCUCUUCUGUUAUUGCUUCACAGCGCUGUGUCAAUGGACUAUGGGGCAGCUCUCACCAAGUCUUUGUUGUACUUUGAAGCUCAAAGAUCUGGAAAACUACCUCCUAACCAGCGGGUGCAAUGGCGAGGUGACUCGGCCCUAAACGAUGGUAGAGAUGCUGGGGUGGAUCUGUUGGGAGGAUAUUAUGACGCUGGAGACGAUGUGAAAUUUGGGUUUCCGAUGGCAUUCACUGUGACCAUGCUGGCAUGGGGUGUGGUGGAGUAUGGGUCACAACUCCAAGCCAAGGAGGAACUCUCAAAUGCUUUGGAAUGUAUCAAGUGGGGAACAGACUACUUCAUAAAAGCUCACCCAGAGCCUAAUGUCUUUUAUGGUGAAGUUGGUGAUGGUGAUUCUGAUCAUAGCUGCUGGCAAAGACCAGAAGACAUGACAAACACUAGAAAUUCGUAUAGGAUUGAUGAACAACAUCCUGGAGCCGACCUCGCCGGGGAAACUGCAGCUGCUUUUGCUGCUGCAGCUAUAGCUUUUAAUGGGUCAAACCCAAGUUAUUCUUCUCAACUUAUCACCCAUGCAAAACAGCUAUUUGAUUUUGCAAAAAAUCACCCUGGACAGUACCAAAACAGCAUCUCAGUGGCCGGAAGCUUCUACUUAAGCAGUGGAUAUGAGGACGAAUUGUUGUGGGCAGCCGCAUGGUUACAUCGAGCUACCCAAGAUAAAGGAUACAUGGAUUAUAUCCAACAAUCUGUAAAUUCAGGUGGCACCCGAUCCAUGUUCUCUUGGGACGAUAAAUAUGUUGGCACUCAAGUCCUCAUUGCAAAGAGUAGGUUUCUAAGCGCUGUGUCAAUGGACUAUGGGGCAGCUCUCACCAAGUCUUUGUUGUACUUUGAAGCUCAAAGAUCUGGAAAACUACCUCCUAACCAGCGGGUGCAAUGGCGAGGUGACUCGGCCCUAAACGAUGGUAGAGAUGCUGGGGUGGAUCUGUUGGGAGGAUAUUAUGACGCUGGAGACGAUGUGAAAUUUGGGUUUCCGAUGGCAUUCACUGUGACCAUGCUGGCAUGGGGUGUGGUGGAGUAUGGGUCACAACUCCAAGCCAAGGAGGAACUCUCAAAUGCUUUGGAAUGUAUCAAGUGGGGAACAGACUACUUCAUAAAAGCUCACCCAGAGCCUAAUGUCUUUUAUGGUGAAGUUGGUGAUGGUGAUUCUGAUCAUAGCUGCUGGCAAAGACCAGAAGACAUGACAAACACUAGAAAUUCGUAUAGGAUUGAUGAACAACAUCCUGGAGCCGACCUCGCCGGGGAAACUGCAGCUGCUUUUGCUGCUGCAGCUAUAGCUUUUAAUGGGUCAAACCCAAGUUAUUCUUCUCAACUUAUCACCCAUGCAAAACAGCUAUUUGAUUUUGCAAAAAAUCACCCUGGACAGUACCAAAACAGCAUCUCAGUGGCCGGAAGCUUCUACUUAAGCAGUGGAUAUGAGGACGAAUUGUUGUGGGCAGCCGCAUGGUUACAUCGAGCUACCCAAGAUAAAGGAUACAUGGAUUAUAUCCAACAAUCUGUAAAUUCAGGUGGCACCCGAUCCAUGUUCUCUUGGGACGAUAAAUAUGUUGGCACUCAAGUCCUCAUUGCAAAGAAUCUUCUCAAGGGCAAAUUUGUAGAAGAUGGAAAAUUUGGUGAGUAUAAAAGCAAUGCGGAACAAUUCAUCUGCAACUGCAUCCAGAAAGGAAGCAGCAACGUGCAAAGGACUAGGGCGGGGCUACUAUGGUGGCAACCAUGGAAUAAUCUUCAAUACCUUACCAGUUCAUUGUUUGUCACAACCACUUAUGCCGAUACUUUGACAGCCACACAAAACACGCUCCAAUGCCCUGGUGGUUCAGUCACGCCUGAAGAUCUCAUCACAUUCGUUCGAUCACAGGUGGAUUACAUACUUGGCUCAAACCCUAAGGGAAUGAGUUACAUGGUUGGGUUUGGACCUAAGUAUCCCCAGCAUGUUCAUCACAGAGGGGCAUCGAUUGUGUCGAUAAAGACCGACAGUUCACCGGUGACUUGCAAGGGAGGGUUCGACUGGUUCGGUAGGAAUGAACCAAACCCUAAUGUUCUGGAGGGAGCAAUAGUUGGUGGACCAGAUCAGGGAGAUGACUAUACAGACUCAAGAAGCAACUACCAGCAAGCUGAAGCAGCCACAGCAAAUACUGCACCACUCGUCGGAGUCUUGGCACGGCUUGCCUGA